AUGCCCAUCACACCACCCCACGACCAGAUAUUUCCGCCAGAGAUAUGGGAAGUCAUCAUCGCCAGGGCAUCGAGAGCCGGACAGCGUUCCUGUCUCUUUGUCUGUAGGGCAUUCCACGACAUGGCGCUGCAAGCCCUAUUCUCCUCCGUCUACAUCAAUCUUGGGCUUUGCGAGCAGAACUUAUUUGAUCGUGUAAGAACAAAGGAACUAGAACACCACAAUGUCUCGCGGUCAUGCUCUCUCCUCCAGCGCAUAGCGGACGAUGUCGUGUUCGCAUCUUAUGUGCGCGAGAUGAGGCUGUAUGUGUACAUGAACGAGACGAAAGACAAGGUCCCGCAAGCCCGACAAUGCUUAUUACAAGCUCUGAGGAACCUACAUAACCUGACCGCAUUUCUUGUUUUCGAGCAUCGAUCCGCGUUGGAGGUUGACCAAGCAUGCAUCGAUGCGCUUGCCUCUGCGCAGCCCCCACUGACAGAGUUCCAGUACCCCUCUGAUGGUACACUCACGCUGCGUCUCUGUGAUUUACGCCUGGAUGCUUUCGACCGCCUGCAAUCGUUCACAUUCCAACUGGAGAAUGGUUACAGAACCGACGGCUGGGUGGACCAAAAUUACUACGACAUGCAGAAGAAAUUCUUUCGCACCUUCGUAGGCACUCGUCGCGACACGCUCCGUCGCCUCGACAUAGGCGGAAACCUGGCACUCGAUUGCGCAGACGCUCUACGUGAAUUACCCCACCUAGCCGAACUCGAAGUCGACUGCUCUGAAGGAGUGGAGAAGAUAGAGACUCUCAUGCAGUCCUGCCCCAAUCUGCAAUCCUUCGGAAUCGCAUGCUAUGAGGGUUCGGAUGAGGAGAUCAUGGCCAUGCUGGCGCACAAUUGCUCAACACUUCCUUACCUUACCUCCUUUCGCUACAUCCAGCCCAUGCCGCGUUAUGGCGACGCUAUCGCCCUUGACGGUUUGGCCGAUUUCCUGAAGGACAAAAAGUCGCUCCGCCGACUAGACAUCACCGCCAGAUAUGAGUGGGAUGGUUUGAAAGUGCUGUUGCCUUACUUCGUGUCAUCAAAGACGCUGAAUAUCCUGGGCAUCUGUUUACAUGCGGACACCUUCCGCGAGGAAGACGCUCGACAUUUGGAGUCACAUCUUCCUGUGGGGCUCCGUGCUUUGCGCGUUGAUAUUGACAUCGUGGCCCUCGAGGUUACUCCGGGCCUCUGGCAUGAUCUGUGGACGCGACGACCGGACCUCAGGUUCAUCUAUAUCCACGAGGGCCCGCAUGAGACCGGCCCCAGCAUAGAUGUGUUGCAGCUCGCCGCCAGGGCGCCGCGCCUUCAGGUGAUCGGACUGAACGGCUGCUUCUGGGAGGUCGAGCGCGGAAGCGAUGGGUCGGUUAGCCUGUCUGCACCAUGGCCGAUGUUCAAGGUCAUGGCGCGCGAUUUCGGCUGUGAGGACUGGGUGUGGCUCACGGCGAAGUUUCCAGUCCAUAUAAAUCAUCGCUUAGGUCGCGUCUACGAGCGGCGGCCAUCGCGCUCUGAUUACCUUUGA